AUGGUAGCCUUUUCGAAACGCGUUGUAAUCAUCGCGAUGGCAGUACUUGCCACAGCUGAAGCUCAAGUCAACCCGGUCUUUUGCCCAACGGUGACGUCGACUGGAACCGUUUGUCCCACAUUCGUCCAACUAGCAUGUUUUGCCAUGUCAACCAUCUCCAGCCGCUGCGGAUGUCCAUCGACAGUUCCGACGAAAUCAGUCGACUAUCCUUGUGGAGGAAAGGGACCGACUGGUUGUAUGGGAACCUCAUAUAUCUACGAGACUGCAACUCCGACCUGUGAAAGCGAUACUUUUCUGACCCAGACUGUCCCAACCAUUCCGCCAACUCCUGUUGGCCUCGAGGCAUGCCCUACAGUCUAUACAACCGGAACAAUAUGCGCGACCUGCAUACGGCCCAUGUGUGUGCAAAUGUCGACAAUUUCUCAGCUUUGUUACUGUCCAACUGAAGCCCCCACCGUUUCCCUAAACUUCCCUUGCAGCGCAGAGUGCCCUGGUGGCUGUGGCACCUUCUACGAGUAUGCUACUGAAACGCCAAAGUGUACGUCAGCCGUCUAA